GUGGCUUCGGACGUAGUUUCAGUCGUGUGACCGAUGUAUCCAAACAGUGUUUUCGUCUGAAUCGACUUUGUCGUUAAACUUUUUUUUUUUAGUUUGUCGCUCACUUUUUUUUUUCGCCCGCUCGCCCCCAGCUUCGGCGUUCUCUCCCCGUUUAUCCUCAGAGGUCGGCCGAGGAAGGAAACUCAACCGGGAUUUAACGCAUAUUGAAUUUAAUGGCGGGGAAUCAACAGUUCUGCCUCCGAUGGAACAAUCACCAGUCGACUCUGAUAUCCGUCUUCGACAAUCUGCUGGAGAGUGGGACUCUGGUCGACUGCACGCUAGCCGCCGAAGGGCAGUACCUCAAGGCGCACAAGGUCGUCCUUUCUGCGUGCAGCCCUUUUUUCGAAGGGCUCUUCAGCCAGCACUAUGAAAAACAUCCCAUCAUAAUUCUUAAAGAUGUGACGUUCGGGGAGCUGAAAGCGAUGUUGGACUAUAUGUACAGGGGGGAAGUGAACAUAUCCCAGGAACAGCUCGGAGCUUUCCUGAAAGCUGCCGAAUCCCUCCAGAUCAAGGGAUUGACGGACAGUUCGGGCAACGGCGAUCUGUACAGGAAAAGCGAACCGAGGAAAGUCAUAAUGCCUCCGGUCUCGAAGUCGCCCUGCUUCCCCCAAGGGCUCAUAGUCGAGCCCCGUCCCGGCUCCGCCAAGCUCAUAACGAACAACAACAACGUUGAUUCCCCGCCUUUCCAACAGAGGCUCGACUCCUCGCCGAAAAGGAGGAAAAGAAGGUUGAGCGAGGAGAACGACGAUGGCGAAGUCCCCCUCGCCCCAGCGACCAUCAUACCUCCCAUCUGCACCGUGAAAGAAGAGACGCAUCCCAUUUCGAAGCCGGCCUCACAGCCCCUAGACAGUUACAAUAUCAAAGUCGAAGCAAAACUAGAUUCAAAAACGGAAAACAUGACGAACAACGAUGAUAGCGGCGACGACGGAGGCGGAUACCCGGAGGAAGAGGAAGAAGAAGAGAUGGAUCUUAGUAAACCCGGCACAUCUCACGCCGUCAACAAUCAUCCACCAGGUGGUUGGAACGCUUCAGGUGACAACUCCGAAGAUCCUUAUCCACCUGGUGGCCCUUCGGAUCAAGAGCAGAGGAUGUUGCUAGCCCGGCCUCUUUUGCAAUCGAUCAAGGGUGGUUCAGGCGGAUCGUCCACUGUAGGAGGGAGUGGAGGCCGGGGAGGAUCGACGUCACGCAGCAUCUCAUGCCCGACAUGCCACAAGUGCUAUUCAUCUCAGCACACCCUCCGGCGACAUAUACGUCUCGAGUGUGGAAAAGAGCCUCAGUUCCACUGCCCCUACUGUCCUCGCAAGACCAAACAACGCUAUAACCUCAUGCUGCACAUCGCUCGAGCACACAAACCCGAGCAUAUCCAGCCACCUUGGUAACACUAAACUGGAAAAUUUCUCUUGGGGAAACUGAUGAACAAAAAACCGCGCAGAUCUGAUAUUUUAUUAUGAUGCUUUUUCUUUUGUUUUCAGUUUUUUUUCUUCUGAUUUUCUUUUUUAUAUGUGGAGUAUACUUUCAUUAAAAAAAUUAUUUUGUAACUUACAAAGUUACAUCUACUUCUAUAAUUUUUUUUUUCAGUCUAAAAAGUUUUCAAGUUUUAUUUAAUGUACUUGAUUGCCUAUGGUUUUAAAUGAGGGUGCAGCUCAUGGCAUUAGAUUUUGCUUUUGAUACUCACCAAAAGUGCCUUAUCCAAAUGUUGGCUAUGCUGUCUGAAAAAGCAUCAUGUUGGUUUUAUUAUGUCUUAUAAUUUAAAUACCUCUUUAUGUAUACCAGAAAUGUCCUUUUUAGUUCCUACAUCAAAGUCAACACUGUAUACAAUAACUUUGCUCAAUAAUUUAGUAUGUUAAUGGGAGAAAACAUAUUUGGUAAUUUAAAGGUGCUAAAGACAAGUUCUCGGCCUAAAUAUUAAAAAAAGAAACUAUCUUCCAUUGUUAUUCCACCACCUCCUAGGUCUAUGUAUGUCUAUAUUUCAUAGAGUUUUUAUUUAUUUGUAUAUUCCUUACAUUUAUACCAAACAGCUUAUAAUUUGCUUUUUAUUGUAGUUACCUUUAAAAAAAAAAAAUCUUUUAAAUGUUUUUAUUUAAGCUUAUUUCGUGAAUCUGUCUUGUAAGUCACCAUGUUGUGGACAUUUUCAUGAGUGGGCUUUUUCGUUAUUUAUGCGGUUUUUGGAAAUUAUAGAAAUCUAAUUUCUUUGUUGAUUUUUUUGAAAUUUUUUAUAUAUAAAUUUUAUUUCAGAUAAUGCUUUUUUUGGUUUAUAUUGUAUACGUCCUUUGUUUUUUUCCAUUAUAUGCGUAGAUUUUUUUUUUCUUUUUAAAGUUUAGUUUUAGUUAAUUUUGGGUUGUCUUUUUAUUCUUUUUUCGGGAUUCAAUUUUGUUUUAGAGGUAGUGUUUUUAAGUUUAGGAUUUUCUUUUUAAGUUUAGUUCCUUUUUAAAUUUUUGAGAUACAAGAAAUUUCUUUUUUGUCAAGAAAAGUAAAAAGCUUUAUUUUUCAGGUACUGCCAAUACUCUUUGUAAUGCUUAAAUUUAGAUUUUAUUUUAAAAUUGAACUAUAGUAAAUUUAUACUCUCAAGUACAAAUAUUGCCAAAUAAUAGUGCUUUGUUUUUAACAUUUAAUUAGGGAUCAAAGACAAGGUAUUAGUUAUUAGACGCAAGAAAAUGCAAUAUUUUUAAAUGAAAUAUAAUUAUAUUUUUUAGUAGUUUAGUCUAUAAAGAGUUCAUUUAAAUAAAUAAAAAAUAUGAAAAAAAAAUUAGGGACCAUUUUUUAAAUUAUAUAUUAUAUAUACAUUGUUACAUGUUAGUGGAAUAACCGAAAAUAUUGUGAUCCUCCAGUCUUCUUUUGUAGUACAAACCAAGUACUACCCUUAACUCAAUCAGAGGAGUAAUGUUUUGAUAAUUCACCAACAGGUUUAAUGUAAACUAUUUUUUUUUUGUUUUUUUGUUUUUGUGUAAACACCAAAGUGGAAAUAGAAGUUCCUAAGUAAGCAAUUUUUUAAGUCAUUGUAUAUAAAACAGACAGGGAAAUUCGAAAAAAAUGCUCUUAUUGCUCAGUCAAAAAAUAAAAAAAGGAAAUUUAUUAGAAAGAUACAACUUUAUAUUAGUGGCUUAUGAAUUUUAUUAUACUAUUUGAAUUUUAUUGUUAGAAAUAUAUUUGUUGGUAAAAGAAUAAAAUUUGUUGUUUUAA